ACGUAUAUUUUUCCAUUUAUCUUACCGACAUCGCAGUUAAAGAGGCUAACAAGUGGAAAAACUUAGUUUAUGGCCCAACAUCACAAUUUAUGUACUCUAUCUGACGAAUCUACCGACGUUUAGAUCGAAACUAACAUCGAAUUGCUAUAAUUUAGGAUCGGUCACGUUCGCUCGCGAAACAACACGAGUGCUAUCAAUAUGAGAACUUCUUCCGAUCCCAGUGGAACAUUUAGUUCGUCUGUGCAUUAUCGUGAACAUCGGAUCGAUACGAUGCUGUCUCCGAGUGAUAUACGACCGCUUUUGCUUACCGCGAGAUUGUUCGGAUGCGGAUUGUACGUUGUCGGCGAGGACGACAUCACGAUGAUGAAAUAUGGCGCCAUUUACUCGAUUCUGUUCGCGUUGCUGUACUUCAGCUUCUGUAUAACAAAUUUUUAUAUGCUCUGGAUGGACGACGUGUUGGGACCGAGGCUUCGGAUGCUCACCGCCGUAAGAACGUUGCUCUCGUACGCUUGCGUCUUGAGCGACAUAGUGAUGACAUUUUUGUAUAACUGGAAGAUACGAGCUGCGCUUUCGCACAUACGCAUCUUCGAUCGAGCGACAAAAUACAAAGAGAAUAAACGCUCUUACCGAAUACGUUACGGCUGUUGGGCCUUCUCCUUCAUUGUUUUAUCCUUUUGGUCGAUAGUCGGAUACAUAACAUUUCAAUCUUCAUCGUGUAACAAUGCCGUCAUUCACAAUUUCGUCAUCCGUAGAGUCGAGCCCAGAUAUUCUGUGUUCAACGGUAUAACUUACGCCGUCGUUAAUGCGACACUGUCGAUGCAACUGAUAACGUUCGCCAGUUUAUCAUCCCUGCUGUACGAGAGAUUUCGCCGUCUUUGUGAAAUAUUGCUACUGCCUGAAGAUGGCAAAAUCAUGGUGGUCGAUCGAUCGAGCAGACAGUUUCGCUUGCAGGAGGUAUGGUGGUUACAUUCGUGUCUCACCAAUGCGACAGAGAUGAUAAAUUCCGUAUACGCGGUUCAGCUGCUGUUAUGGAUCUCCUGCAUGUCCUUCAACACCCUUACGCGUAUUUAUACGAUUAAUGACGGUGGUGCGAUCUCAUUACCCUUACUGACAGUAAGAGAAGUAAUGCUGGUAUCUGCUUGCGUAACGAAUUUACUAAUUAUCAGCAUCGUCUGUCACGCGACUGCGAAUCAGGCAAAUCGCGUGGGCAAGAUCGCCUUUGCUCCGUCGUCAGCCGUUCUCGCAAAGCGAAGUUUUCAGGAUUGCAAUGUGGAAGCUGUGACGUAUUUCCAGCUACAGCAAGUGCACUACUAUGCCUUGUUCGGAAUCAUACGCAUCGAUCUUCCAUUGCUGCUCUCGGUGAAUACCACGACAUCGAGAAUCGAGGUCGCGGACAACAAUGGGAUGCCCACGACGGUCCCUUACAAUGACAGUGCAAUGGAAAUGGACAUGAUGACGGACCUACUGUGGGAUUUUUAUGAAAAAUUCAGCGAAACUAACUACCUGCUGAUCAUCCUCUAUGUGCCAGUGAUAGUGCUCGCCGUGACGGCCAACAUCCUUGUGAUCGCGGUGGUCUUCAAGUAUCAUUACAUGAGAAGUGUUACAAACUAUUUUGUGGUGAACCUUUCCGUCGCCGAUUUAUUGGUUACCAUUAUAUGCAUGCCAGUUGCUGUCAUCCAGGCGGACUCGAUUGUAUGGCGUCACGGUGAACUCAUGUGCAAACUUUCUUCUUAUCUUCAAGGUGUUGCCGUUGCUGCCUCGGUAUUCACCAUUACGGCCAUGAGUAUCGACAGAUACCUAGCGAUAAGGAGCCCCAUGGCGUUUCGUCGUGUAUUCAAUCGCAAGAGUACCGUACUUGUUAUCGUCGCUCUCUGGCUGGUGGCCUUGGGUAUCUUCGCUCCCGUCCUCAGAGGGAUGACUCUUCACAGUCCGACCACAUUCUUCAACUUAACUUUGCCCGAUUCCUCAACGAUAAGAGGGAAUUUUUCGCACGAUAUCUCGCGGUUGCCACCGACCUUCUACAUUUGCUCGGAGGAUUUCAGGCCACUAGGCAUCAGAGCGCAUGUCUUCGGGACUGCAUGCUUCAUUCUUGUUUAUGCUAUUCCGGGAUUCGUCGUAAUACUGGCCUACUCGAUGAUGGGCCGCACCCUCUGCUCCAGGAAGCCGCCCUUCGACUGUGACAGUGUCGAGGGAAGCGCCAGCUCACAGCAGAGUUUCAGACUGGUACGUGAGAGGAGACGAAUUGCUUGGAUAUUGCUCCUCCUUGCUGUACUCUUUGCCCUGUGCUGGUUGCCGUACAACAUGCUCAGAUUGUUAAUCGAUCUUGGAGUUAUCAAAGAAGGAAGAUCGAUAUCGGACGCUCUCACGUACUGCUUGUUCCUAGGACACGCAAAUAGCGCCCUGAAUCCCGUUGUCUACUGCUUCAUGACGCGCAAUUUUCGUCGCAGUGUUUCAGAGAUUCUGCGUCGCACUUUUCAUGGUUUAACGCGCUGUAAACCUCGCCGCAAAAGCGCGAUGAUCGACGAUUGCGGUGGAUGCAGCGUGCCGGUUGUCAAUGACGGCGCGCGUCGCGGUCUGUUGCAUCAGCGAAGGAUGCUGCCCGGAUGCGGUUGCGGUAAUCCCGUGCGCGGGAAUCGCAACGCCGUCCUGGCGUUACGACGCACCGCGACGUCCAGCAGCGGCUACGACACCUUCUACAGCCGACACAGUCCGCACUUGCACUGCUACAUGCUGAGGAGUAUCCGCGACGCGCCGCGGGCGCAGGUCGAUCCGCCGGAGAAUUCCAAACGGAAUCAACAUCCGCAGAAGUACGACGAGAACAACGGGCUGGAAACCAGCCAACCCCGGCCGAGCACCCUGUGCACCACGGACGAGCGACGUCCUUGUCCUUGAACCUGAGGAGUCUCCAAGGGAUAACCGACACUAUACAUGUUUUUAUGUGCCAUUUUUUUAUUCCUGUGCGAUGUCUAAAUAUGUGCAUAUAUAUAUAUAUAUAUAUAUAUAUAUAUAUAUAUAUAUAUAUUUGGAUAAUACUGAUGUACGUAAUUUAUGACGAGAGAGUCAUUUUUGUUACGGCGCUAAUCAAGUUUAUUUCGUCGGAGAAUCUUUGGAUUUCCUCGCGCAUUGCCGGAGAUAUAUCGCGAUGAUUUGUAAUAGAUUUAAUGUAAAUAAGUAGUAAAUUAAGUCUCAUUUCACACAAGUUUAAAGUUUCUCGGAUUUAUCAAGAUUACAACUCGUAUCACAUAUAUACGACGUUAAACGUGGUGCUCGCAAGAGAUUCAAUUUUACAGAAAGUGAUACAAUUUUAUAGAGGAUGUAUCCUCCUGAGAAAUUUCUGUAUGUUCUGAUAGUUAUACCUACAAACACAAUGAACCGAAAGCUAUCAAGCGUCACAUGUGCAACGAACGUGAAAUGCGCUCUAUUGACUAUUACUCGUUGAAGUUUUAUUUCUGUGAGUGACUGCGAUAUAUGCAGUUUGCAGAGUUAUGAAUUGAAAUUCGAUGGGACCAAAACGGAACGAAAAUUAAUCAACCUCUUGCGACAGGCUUAUUUGUUAAUACAUUUUAAAAUAUUAAUUAGCAAAGUAUUCGAAAAAUUCAUGUUUAGAAACCAGAGAUUAAAAUCAAACUUAAUGUUCGAAAAGAAAGACAGAGCGCGAACUUGAUAUCAAGGGUUCGAAAACUGCUCUGUGAGUAAAAAACGUGAUAUGACUGUAUUCUGUACGACACUUUGACAGUUCGGUACAUGUCUGACUAAAACGCAUUUUUUCUACUGAAGCGCGAAAUAUUUGUCUCGCUUAAAACAUAAGCAUAAAAUUUGAUCAAGUCUGUCUACGGUGCUAAUGUUGCAUUUCGUGUUGAACAUACAUACGUGUAACUGUAUGUGCUAAUAGCAUUUUCGUUAAUAGCAUUAAUUAAUCAUAAGUCACUGUUAGCGCGAUUAUCGUAUGUAUAUCUUCGCUAUUUGUCAUCAUCAGUGACAAUCAGCUGUAAUUGUCUCUAAUACAUGUCGGAGUAGAUUGGCACGAUGGGAAAGUGAAGGUACGGUUCUGCGGAAUCGUCAAAUCAAAUAUGAAUUUUUCUCUAUAAACUCUCUAGAAAGCUAGAUAUACAAGGGCAAAUAUUUUGUCAUAUUUUUUUUAACGCAAUAUACGCCACAAAUAUUUAAAUCAAGGAGAUAUAUGUGUCAAUCGCAACCGAUGUCGCGCGUUAUCGUUCCUUUUUUCUCUCGUGAUCGUUUCACUGUAAAUGAUUUUUUUUUUCACCAACUAUGUAUAAAUGAUUCACGAGAGCGUGCGCGAUAUCGUUUGAUAUUGCAAGAACGAGCUUUUUAGUCGAUAAUAGCUGUUAGAAUGCUGCGCGAAAAAGAGAAUGGGGAGUUGGAAGCCCUAUAUACAUAUAUAAUGGAACCGCUGAUAAAUGACGGGAAAGACGGGGCUAUUAAUUAAUCGCUCUUUGAGAAGUCUGGACGGGAGAAAAGUGCGUUGCGAAAGUAGGAAAAGAAAGGAGUACAGGAAUAAAAUAAAAAAGGCAAUUUGAAACGCGUCGGCGACUGUCUGGCGCUCGUUAUCGUUAAUGGGGAGACUACCACUUUAACCCCUCAUAGAUCAAUUUUUACGGGGAAUUAUUGAAGACACCCCCGCCAAUAAUACACAUCGCGUGUGUGCGUCCUGUAAAUAUUUGGUCGUCGCAAAUGAAUUUUCAUCGAGCGGCGCGACAUGAUAAAAUAGGACGUAUUUCAAUUAACUAACUUGAAAUUUUCAAUAGUCAUAAUAAAUCAUUAAAAUGAGAUUUUCUUUACGCGUCGAGAAUUUUUGGCCUUUUGCCAGGCGAAGAUCGAUACAUCGAAGGGCUGCUAGAAUUGUAACUAUUGAGAGGUUGCGGGUUGUUUCAAACGCUGUAAAUUAUAUCUACGUGUAUUUUCAAUAAAAAAAUGGCUGAAAAUUGUUGGAUAAA